AUGCUGACGCGUCGAACAAAUGCAAGACUAAAGCGCAGUAAGAGAUCUCCAAGCUCGUUCUCCUCGGUCAUCUCCAGUUCGUGGCAAAAGAUCAUUCAGAUUUUCCGAAGGACGACAGUAGCUCUUGGUGUUGUACCCUGUAGUUCAUCUACUUCAUCAUCGCGGAGGUGCAAGAAUGUCUACUUGUUCGUCUGCUCCAAGAGGCGGGAUCGUGUCCGCGUCGGAGGAAGCAAAACCAAAAGUAGAAGAACAUCGCGAUCGCUCCUCUACGAGUCCUGGAUUAUAUCCUCUUGCUCUUCCGGCUUAGUAUCUGGCUCGUCUUGUUUGGCCAAGCACUCGUGUUGCCCCUCAAUACUGUUCCCCUUUACUUGUUUUCUUGUUCUCUAUUGUGUGCCAGCACUACUCGUUCUGUUUCUCGAUGUGUCAACAUUUUUUGACUUGGGAGAGCAAGUACCACCACCGCCGACGACGUAUUGUGCAGAAGAUAAGAGAACGAAAACCAUCAAACACGAUCAACACGAGUAUGUUAUCGGCUGCAAGGGCGCACAUCAGACGGAGACGGUGGGACAGGAGAAUGGAAGGAGCAGAGCAUCGUAUAAACAUAAAGAGAUCGCUGUUUUUGCGUCAAAUGAGUCAAGAGCUCCAGCAGUUCGCCCCUUCAUCCGCGGGGGUCCGGGCGGCGGAAUCGUGGUACUCGCUGCAGCCGCAAGAAGCGCAGGGGGCGGCAGCGCCGCGAGCGGUGAGGUCGUGGAUGAGGAUGACAAUCUCAAUGGCGAUACAACGAAAGAGGGUCAUCUUGACAACUUCAACACAAAGCCUAACAAACAGAAACGUAAACAAAACAAAUCCCGCCAAGACCUCUCAGCCCGAAUGGCGGUCACGAUCCAGCUGCUUCAGAAAAACUCCCUGCGCCCCAUUCCCCGUUGGAACUUUGAGUGGGAGCAAUUUCGCUGUGGCGGAGAAAUUUUCCUGCCGGAAAACAACCUCGUGCCAGACCGAAGUUGGCAGGAUUAUGGUGUGGUCGGACGGGAGCAGAUUUUUUUCGGCGGGUCGGCCGCGAAAAGGAAGGAAAAACUUCAUCUCGAGGAGCAGGAGCAGGAUAGGACCAGGCGGCAGAAGGAGAAGAUGAAUGGCGCAUUGGUGCGAGAUGCAAAAGAAAUUCCAUCGGGCGGUGGAAUUAUAAACGAGAAUGCAGGAGAUAGAGAUACACCUCCACCCACCGAAUCAACCGCCGCUUUCCCGGACAUGUUUGGUUGGCUGAUGAAGCUGAUUCACCCGCACAUCGGUCCCAGCCAAUUUACGUCGGAUUUACUGCAUGAAGAGUGGAUGUUUCAUGAAGACGAAAAAUUAAACUCUGGCUGGGUCAAGUUAGAAAAGGAAACUCUGGGCGCUAUGGCGUUGUCUGGUGGAUCGCAAUCCAAAUCCUCGGCCGCGACAGGAGGUGAAGACGCAAGAAGCACGAGUUCUGCUGGUUCCGCUCCACCGCAAGCAAGUGGAAGUGCAGGCCACCAGCUGGCGAAAGCGAAAACUGUAGUCGAGAAACAUCGACCCUCGUCGUUCAACUUCCUGAGCAACAUCUUGAUAUGGUAUUCUCAAGCGUUACAUUCUUAACUGUUGCAUGAAUUUGUCAUGCAAACCUGCCAUCAAGAUCCAAACGGUCAAGCUGCUUCGCGUGACAAAUUUGCGAACGGGCUAAAUAACAGAAGCUAAAUCUAUGCGGAAUGUGUGACGCUAGAGAUGCGACAGUGCGUUGGAAAAGUAACACUUGAGAAUCCCAUAUUUGAACCUGCACGAGUACAUCCUGCCGGAAGAGAGGGACACCUUUGCGGAUUUGCAACAUUUUGAGGAAGUCGGAAACGCGACGCUCGCCACGCUAGGAGAAGAAACCGACCACGCUGAUGUCAUCACGAACGUGGAUCAGGAGCAGGCAAAUAAAGCGGCUUUCAGCGAAAGCAAUUUCAAUUUAGUGCCGCAAAGUACUUCUAGCACCCACUCCGACAGAGUAAAAACCCUGAACGACCAAAUCCACAAAGUCUUCGUGCAAGCGGCGCGGAAACGCGGGUUGUUACAAGAGGGCGCUGAAGAGUUCUUGGCUGACAGCGACUUCUACAACAAUCUUUACUUCAGUGCUGCUGACCCAGGAUCAACUACUGCAGGUGCAGCUAGCCAAAUAGGAGAUGGAGAUGCUGCAUCUUCACAUAAAGCCACCUCCCUGUACGAAUCCCUGCACCACCCGGAAGCGAUCAGCCAGUUGAUCAACCAAAAACUGGAAAGGCACGCCGUCGACCAACUGUUGAUUGCGCACUACUUUCGCGUUUUGAACGAAAAACUGAAGCAACUUUUCCACGACCAGAAGCAGUCUGUCGUGGUGCAGAACGGCGUGGACAUCCUGAAACUGCGCGGGCGGAUGGGCGGCUUAGUGGCCUGGUUUCUGAACGGCGGCGGGUGGAACGUGACCCGGCACCACUGCUACCCCAUGCACCUGAAUCUGAUGGCUUUGGCACUGUCUUUAGGCCGCCUGGACGACGAUUACCCAAAUUGGAUGGACACCGGCCGUAUGCAUUGCAAAAGUAUCGUGCUCGUACGAAUCGCAUUCAUGCAUUACAAAUUUCUUUCUCAAGUUAAAUCCGCAUUACAAAUUUCACCGUGAGGACGACCACAGGGGGCUCGUCUCAAUGAUGAUGAUGAUGAUGAAGAUGACGCAGAGGAAACUUGUCAUGCGAUUUAUAGUAGUACGACUACGAUGCUUUUGCAGUGCAUGGGCCGCCAUUUAUACUCGUUAUUCGAACCCAAUUACGAAGUUCGGAUAUCCUGUGCAAAAGUAUCGUACUCGUAGUAAUUGUUGCAGUCAUGCAUUACAAAUUUUUUUCCCAAGGUAAAUCCGCAUGACAAAUUUUCUUUCUCAUGCUGAGGGAAUUUGUCAUGCAUUUAUACAAUUACGAUACUUUUGCAAUGCAUAUCGGGGAAGCGGCGACAAAUUUGCGGGAAUCAGGCAAGGGGUGGAAUUGAAGUUGAGAAGGGGCAAUGAUCCACGUCGCGAAGCGGUCCACAAGGGAACAAGGAAAAGGAUGAAUAGAGGUCAGUGGCGUGGAGCUGAGGACGAGCGGAACAAUAAAACAGGCACAGAAAUAAGCAUAGCGGCAGGCAGCUCUCUUCAUGAUGAUGAUCUUCAAGUCGACCACACUGAAUCCGGGCUGCCAGGAGGAGACAGCGAAAGAGAAACCGUCCACCAGAUUUUGGCGCUUGGUGGCGGAAAGCAACAUUUGGAUGCGAAGAUCGAUGAUCCGAAGGGACAACUGGGACGAGCUCGUCAGGCCGCGAACGUCACUACUGCCGUAUCCGUUGUCGAAAACGUCAUCAUCGCCCAAGAACUUUUGCAGGACGGACUGGUGCAGGUACCAACUUCUACAGCCUCCGAGAACACAGGAGCACAGCGACAGCUCAGAACCGGGGCGGCUUCCGCUUCAUCUUCUACACCCUCGUCGUCCGCCGGAACUCAAGCGGAGAUGACCAAGGGCCACGGUCGGGGUGAAGCAGUAGUAGGGCGGGGGUAUGAUGAAAGUGAAAGGGAAACGAGCGCGAAUAUCGAUAUACCGCCCGCCCCACUGUCCUCUGCUGGUGGUCCUGGGGUGAACAACUACCACUACGUACCGAAGAACCCUUACGAAGACCCUUCUCUCCUUCUCGAGAUCCACAACCGGACGAGAAAGUUGGAUUCUCUGCAGAAGAAAAAACUGAAGAUGCAACGACAGCGGUACUUAGUGGAGAAUCCGGAGUUGCGAGAGAAGCUGAUUAUACGCAUUGCAUCUUCAUCAAACAGUAUCCGUAUCGUGCUAGGAAAUGGCUGCGUCACAUGUUUGUGUUUGACAUGACUCUUCAGGAUGAACAAAUGAUCUGUGGGGCCUCAUACAUGUUGCAGAUGUGCAGCCUCCAGAAAGAGAUUUAUUUGUCUUGCAUGUUUGCAAUUUGCACGGAUAUUAGUUGUACGAUAGCGAUAGUACUUUUUGUUGUCCACAGCAUACAUCAAUGCCAGACUGGAGAAACUGUACAAGAGAAGCGAAGAAGCUGCGGAAAAGAGUCGAACGAAAAGCGGUGGCAGUUCUAGCACUGCUGCGAAUCAUGAGAACACAUCAAACUCACAAAGCGCGGGAACCUCUACUUCCGAAGAUAACGAAGCGACAGCUCCUUCACCUCCCCCGCAAAGGAAAAACGUCGACGGCGUCGUGGCCGGUAGCGGGGUGCUGAAUCACAUCCAAGCGGCGCACGAGUACUACACUAACUUGCAAAACCGCUGGACACGCCGGAGCGCAUUAAACAGCCAGGACUUGAGCCUGUUGGACGAUCAAACUGCAAGCACAGUAGAAGACCACCUGCUCCAAGCACCCCCUUUGGAGGCGGGAGAGGGAGACCACGCAGCGCGCUCGGACGAGGUUUCAAGCACGACCUUAGAAGUAGAGCAACGAAUUCUCGAAGUCCACCCUCCACGACUCACCGUCGCUCAAGAGUGGGACUCUCGGGUUGCGCACGAGCUGCAGUUAUGCAUUGCAAAAGUAUCGUACUAGUUCUAGUUCUAGUAUAACUAUAAGUGGCGUUACAAAUUUGUUGCUCAGCAUGAAAACUGGAACUUGUCAUGCUGUUUUACCUUAAGAACAAGAUUUGUCAUGCAUAAAUUGCAACUAGUACGAGUACGAUACUUUUGCACAGGAUAACACUUCCGCUACCCGAUGCAGUACGAGCCGGUUGGCGCGGGGGAUGGGGACGCUCUGCGGGAAAAAAUCCCGCCGGAACUAGGCCACGACAAGCUCCUGCAAUGGAAAAACACCGACAACGAUCUGCUUUUCAAGCACUUCGUGGGCCCGGAAAUCUAUGGUUCGACGUGGCGGUGGCUGGAGCAGCACUUUGCCGUCUCUAUCGCGCAGCUCUUC